ACGUCUUCGACCGUCAGAGCAGCCAGAGCUCAAGAACCUGUACUUACACCAAAAAUAACAUACACACACACACACAGACACAAAAUGUCGUCGCUUCAAAUGUCUGAGAUGUCCAAGACCUACCAGUACCGCAAGGUGAUGAAGCCCAUGCUGGAGCGGAAGCGUCGUGCCAGGAUCAACAAGUGCCUGGACGAGCUCAAGGAUCUGAUGGUGGCCACCUUGGAGUCCGAGGGCGAGCACGUCACCCGGCUGGAGAAGGCCGACAUCCUCGAGCUGACCGUCACCCACUUGCAGAAGAUGAAGCAGCAGCGCCAGCACAAGCGGGCUUCCGGCGACGAGAGCUUAACUCCGGCCGAGGGAUUCCGUUCCGGCUACAUCCACGCCGUGAACGAGGUCUCCCGCUCGCUGUCCCAACUGCCCGGCAUGAACGUCAGCCUGGGCACCCAGCUGAUGACCCACCUGGGUCAGCGCCUCAACCAGAUCCAGCCAGCUGAAAAGGAGGUCCUGCCCGUGACCGCUCCGCUCUCCGUUCAGAUCGCCUCCCGGGACGCCUACUCCGUGCCCAUCUCGCCAGUCUCCAGCUUCGCCGGCAGUCCUAACUCCAAUGUCAGCUCGGUCAGCCACUCCCUGUUGACCACCAUCGAUGUGACCAAAAUGGAGGACGACAGCGAGGACGAGGAGAACGUCUGGCGUCCCUGGUAAAGGGGUUUUCUUCAAUCCACCAAGAAAAGAUACAAGAUACAAGGAGAGAUUAUAGAAAGUAAAAGUCUUCCGAGUCACUGGGAUUUCCCAGUCGACUCCCCACCUAGUUUUAAGUCAACACCACACCACAACAAAGCUUUAGAUGAGGACGCGCAGUUCAUGUGAUAACUAAAUAAAUAAUAAAUUAUAUAUAUAAAAUUUAA